GAAUUUAGUGGAAUGUAAUCUGAACAUAGGUAGGGUAGCGUUCGCUCACUAAUUGUCAAUUAGUUUGUUUAAAAAUGGCGAAGCAGUCAGUCGAUCCCAAUUUCGCUAAAAAUCUGUUCGUUCACAGUCAAACAAGAGUACCCAAGUACUCCCGUACCCAUGGCCAGGUUCCUCAAUUGUAUGUACAAGAAUGGAAGACAGACAUGAAAAAUAGGGAACUCAUUAUAAAGAAUGCAGAACUAGGUGGGGUUGCACACUAUGAACACGACGAAAAUCUGUUUCUAAAUAAGCGCGAACAGAUGACCUACAACGUAGAAAGUUGGAACCGCGUCAAUCGGAAAUGCCGCUUGCCUGAUAGGGAGCAACUGCUACGCCCUCCUUUCCACCACGAGACAUCCAAAUAUCAGAGUGAACUAAUGUUCCGACGUGAUGCAUAAGAACUUGCAAUAGUGGCUUGUUAUGUUUAAUUACUGUUUUUGUUUUGUUUUGUGUUUAUGCUGUAAAAAUGUAAUGCCUUAAAUUGUGGAAAUUUGUAAUAUUUUCCAAGGUCAAGUUAAGCCAGUUAAGAGAUUUGUGUAAUGUUAAUGGUUAAAACAAAGAUGGUCUGGUUAAGCAACAAGGUAUCAUGCUUAAUAGGACUUUAUCUGUUUAAUUAAAAUAGGCUCCUAUACAUAAUGUUGGACAUUUAAUAAUUCCACUUUUCAGUUUAAGUAUCUCACAAAUUCAAACAGUAUUUUAAUUCUGAUACAGUAUUAUAUACCAGAGUGUUUAUCUUGUUAAAACCAUAUUUAUAAAAUGCAUAAUAUAAAGGCUUUUUGUGUGUAUAUCUAGAUGUUGUCUAUCAUUAUUUUUCUUUAUACAAUACAUGUAUGAGUAUUUUAUGAGAUAUCAUUACUGGUAAUAGAAAAAAUAGAUCAGAUGUAGGAAUAUAUAUAUCGAUAUUUGUUUCUUUAAUAAAUCCUGGAAACUGCUUAUUAUAUAAAUAUUAUUUUCAUGGGUUUUAUUUGGUAGCAUGUUUGUAUGUUAUCAAGAUUCUGUGGUAACUUUCAGAAAAAUUGCUUAAAUUUCUUCUUAAUCUGAAUUCAAUUGACAAUGACAAAAUGUGUUUUUGCAUCUCUGUGAAAAAUCUGUUAAAACACGUUGUCCAUUUAUAAUUUCAUUAUCCCUUACUUGUCAUAUUUAAACACCUGUUAUUGUUUUUAUUAUAUAUUUAUAUUCACCUGUUGUUAGUGUUGUGUUUACAUAAAAAAUAAAGCAGUCAUCUUAAAUAUUAUAA